AUGGAGAUCGAGAGGUUGUACGCCAUAGGGAAAGAGCUAGGAAUGACAGGAGCGGAGUUAAAGCGUUGGAUUGAUACAGAAAUCGUGAGGGAACGCGACCAGCGCGCCCAACAUCGGGAAGACGCGAAAGCGCAGGCGCUGGAGGCCGAAGCGCAGGCAGAACAAGAGCGUCUACGACUAGAAGCGGAAGAACGAGUGCUAAAGCUCAAGAUCGAGCUCCAGGAAAAGACUGCUGGCGUACAAAGCGCACAGAGUGACAGCACUACGGAACAGUCGGUUACCAGGGCGGCUCCUGAGCUAUUCAGUCCUCAUAAGUUGAUCCCGCCCUUUAACGAAGCCCGGGAUGAUUUAGACGCUUACUUGCAACGUUUUGAGCGAGUGGCAACAAGUCAAGAAUGGCCCCGCGCAAAAUGGGCGCUCUCCCUCAGCCUCUGCCUGACAGGAGAAGCGUUGACGGUCAUAGGACGGCUUGAUUCUAAUGCAGCCCUAGACUACGACCAGCUGAAGGCUACUCUCCUUCAGCGCUUUCGGUGCACUGCUGAGGGAUACCGAGAAAAGUUUCGAAACGCAAGGCCCGAAGACAAUGAGACUGGCCUACAAUAUGCAGGUAGAAUAUCGGGCUACUUUGACCACUGGCUUGAAAUGUCCCAUAUUGAGAGGACCUUCGACUCCCUCAGGGACACCAUGAUUGCUGAACAGUUUUUGAGAAGAUGUUCUGCGUCGCUGCGAGUGUUCCUGAAAGAAAGGAACUAUAAAGGCAACCGUUACAUCCUCACUAUGGUUGACUUCGCCACCAGAUACCCUGACGCUGUCGCCCUGCCAUCUACCGAGUCGAGAACUGUUGCGGAAGGACUCGUCGAAAUGUUUUCCCGAGUGGGCUUGCCGCGGGAGAUUGUCAGCGACCGGGGAUCCUAUUUCAUGUCAGCUGUGAUGAAGGAGUUCAGUCGUCUCCUGUCAAUUAAGCAAUUGCCUACCACGCCGUACCACCCCAAUGCAAAUGGAUUAGUGGAACGAUUUAACGGCACGCUAAAGCGUGCGCUCGGACGGAUGUGCCAAGAGCGACCUAAAUGUUGGGACCGCUACCUAGGCCCGCUACUCUUCGCGUACCGAGAAGUGCCACAGAGCAGCAUCGGUUACUCGCCAUUUGAACUGUUGUAUGGGCGCUAUGUCCGUGGUCCGAUGGCUGUGCUAAAGGAAUUGUGGACAAAUCCCCGUUUGGAUAACGACAUGAAAUCUUCUUACGAAUACAUCAUGAAACUGCGUCAACGGCUAGAGCGUACGUGCGCCAUCGCCAUGCAAGAGCUCACGAAAGCGAAACAGCAACAGAAAACGUAUUAUGACAGGAAAGCCAAGAUGCGAGAGCUCAAUCCUGGAGACAAAGUACUUGUUCUACUGCCUGGUGAAAGGAAUAAGUUGAUACUUAUGUGGAAGGGACCUUUCAACGUUGUAGAAAGGAAAAGUCCUUUGGACUAUGUUGUUGACCUUGGGAGCCGAACAACGGUAUUUCAUAUAAAUACGUUGAAAAAAUAUGAAGAGCGACCCAACAGCGAGUUGCUUCAGGUAACAGCGACAACGGUGGGUACAGAUGACGCGACAGGGCUAGAGCUUGCAGAGACAACGCCGCCUUACCCGUCACUUAUCCGAACGCAGACAUCAAAAGACGUCGUCAUUUCGAACCAACUGACUAUGGACCAGCGACUCCAAGUUGAAGCUGUCCUUACAACCUACGACGAUAUAUUCUCUGAUCUACCUGGAAAGACUGAUGUCCUGCAAUGUCAUUUGGAAUUGACUACUACUGCGCCCAUACAGGUCCGGCAGUACCCCAUGCCAUUUGCUGUCAGAAAUGCCGUGGAAAAAGAAGUCCAGGACAUGCUGAAGUUAGGUAUAAUAGAAAAAUCAAAGUCAGCAUAUCAGGCACCCAUUGUGGUGGUCAAAAAGAAAGACGGCACAGUGCGCCUCUGCAUAGACUUUCGAAAACUUAUUCAAAUUCUAGUUCCCGACUGUGAGCCCAUUCCUAGAGCAGAGUUGAUGUUUGCCAGGCUCACUGGAAGUCAUUAUUUUUCUAAAUUUGACUUCACAAAAGGGUACUGGCAAGUACCCAUGGCCCCUGAGUCCAAAGAAGCCACUGCAUUUUCAUGCGACUCUGGACUAUACCAAUUUAAGUACAUGCCUUUUGGCAUUAAGACAGCACCUGCUGUCUUCAACCGAUUGAUGAGGGAGGUUGUCGGAGACAUACCUCACGUCUACUAUUACUUCGACGACUUUCUUGUGGCAACAAAAACAUGGGAAGAGCAUUUAAAGACAUUAAAUUGCUUGUUUCACAGAGUGCGCACAGCCAAACUAACCAUAAAACCCAACAAAAGUGAAAUCGGCUCCCCAACAACAUGCUUCUUAGGCCAUGUGGUAGGGCAAGGCGUUUUACAGCCCUUGAAAGACACCGCCAACAAGAUCAACACUGCCAAACGACCUGGAACGAAGAAGGAGCUCAGGGCCUUCUUAGGACUAACGGGAUAUUACCGGGACUUUGUUCCGAACUACGCUGAGCUUGCCCAUCCACUCACCGACCUUACGAAGAAGGGCUCUCCGAACCGGCUGAAUUGGCAGACAUCACACGAAGAGGCAUUUAUGCGAUUAAAGGAGCUGUUGUCACAGCAGCCUAUACUGAAGGCUCCAGACUUGAGCAGACACUUUGUGCUACGCACGGACGCCUCUUCGAGAAGUCUCGGAGCAGUUCUUUUGCAAGAACACGACGGGCGUUUUCAUCCCGUGUCCUACGCUAGCCGGAAGCUUUUGCCACGUGAAGCUGCCUACUCCACAAUUGAGAGGGAGUGCCUCGCCAUAGUGUGGGCUGUACAGAAAUUUCAUGUGUACCUUUACGGUAAACCAUUCACCCUGCAGUCCGACCACCAACCGCUGCGAUACCUAAAUUCGGCGAAGCACGUCAACAGUCGCGUACUACGUUGGAGUUUACUCCUUAUGGAUUAUGACUUUCAUGUGGAGUAUAUUCGUGGAUGUGAUAACGUUGGUGCAGACUAUCUAAGUAGAAUAGCUACGGACACGGACUAA